AUGAAUUAAGGUUUAAAACAUCUUCAUGAUUUGGAUAUCGUUCAUAGAGAUAUUAAGCUAUAGAAUAUCUUAUUUAAAGACUGUUAGAAAAUGGACACUUUGAAAAUAUCUGAUUUUGGCUUUGCAUGUAAGAAAUCAGAAAUCCUAUACAUAAAUCCAAGGUAUUUAUUUAAUAAAUCACUAUAGAUGUGGAACUCCUGGAUAUACAGCUCCUGAAGUAUUUAGUUAACCAUGUAAAUAUGAUGAAAAAGUUGAUAUUUAUAGUGCAGGGAUUGUAUUUUAUAAUAUGUAUAUCUAUGAAUGAAGCUUAGUUUAACAUUCAAAAAUCCAUUUGGAAACUUAGAAAAUAUUUCUGAUUUAAUUAAACUUAACAUUAAUGGAGACUAUAAUGAGACUCAUCUUGAAAAUACUAAGUUAAAUAAUCCUCUAGCUUAUGAUUUACUAACUUAAAUGCUUUAAAAAGAAUCAAAUAAUAGAAUCAGUGCUUAUGAAUGUCUUAAUCAUCCAUAUUUUAAAAGUCAUCAAAAAGGUGAUUUUAUUAAAGAAAUGAUUUAAAUAAAAAGAAAAUUUAAAAAAUAGAAGGCAAUUAAUAAAAGAACGAAAAAAGAAAUGGUUACUUAUAAAUGA